AUGGCCUUCCAAUUCCCGAUCGCCCGGCCUAAUGUUGCCGCCGUCACAUCGGACCUCUGGCCCUCCAUGUCCAGCCUCUUAGCUUCUCCCCGACAGCUGACCGGCCGAACUCCGACGGCUGGGAUUCGCGAUACUCGUCCAAGCAACCCUACUCAGCAGGAGAGUGUGGCGACAUCAAAGCGCGCGCCGUUGCCCGAGUGCCUGGAAACCGUCUCCGCGGAAGCGCUGAGGGCGGACAUUGUGAACCGGCCUGCGCAGCGCGGAUCGUUCUCGCUGCUGAACACAAAAACAGCUACCUCUCUACUGAACUCGUCUUUCAUCGCACAAGCACGUGGUUUUGCUGCCCCGACAGCUCGUUCCUACUCGACCCUGACACCAUUCCGCAUCAACGCCCCGAACGCAGCUCCAAAGGUCAAUGGUCUGUCCAAAAUUCAACAGCAAAGAUUUUUGUUUGGAGGACCGGCUACGAACAUGCUGGCCCAGAAGGAGAAGACCGCGAACAACAACCCGAACAGCGCAAAUGCCCAGAACUCCUUCUACCAGGCUCUCCUGCGUGCAAAUAUGCCGGCCAUUGUCGUGGAAAGAUACCGAAGCGCUCAAUUCGCAAGCAACGCAGCAACAGAGGCAGCCUAUGCGCAGGCUUUGCAACGGGUCGGCGGUGCCGACUCGGCUGGCAUUGCAGGAAACCAGAAUCUCAGCAGCGAACAGCUUCAGGCUGUUGGCCAGGCUGUUGCUGCACGGAAUAACGGUGGUCAGAUCGGACUCGCGACCAAGCACAAUGGAACCGGUGCCAAGGAGGCUCCUCUUUACGUCGUUGUAGAGGAGUCACUUGGUAGCACCGUCUUCCGUUGGGUCAAGUUCCUGCUCUACUUUGGUUUCUUCGCGUAUAUGUCCCUCGUUCUGAUUACCAUCCUGGUUGAGACUACCGGUGUGUUGAAAAACAUCCGUGGCCAGCAGAAUAACGAAGCCCAGCCUCAGCAACAGACCGUCCGUUUCAGCGACGUGCACGGUUGUGACGAGGCCAAGGACGAGUUGCAGGAACUGGUUGAGUUCCUUCUCAACCCUGAUCGUUUCUCGUCCCUGGGUGGUAAGCUUCCCAAGGGUGUUCUCCUCGUUGGUCCUCCUGGUACUGGUAAAACCCUCCUCGCUCGUGCCGUUGCCGGUGAAGCUGGUGUUCCCUUCUUCUAUAUGUCUGGUUCCGAGUUCGAUGAAGUCUACGUCGGCGUCGGUGCCAAGCGUGUUCGUGAUCUCUUCAGCCAAGCUCGUGGCAAGGCUCCGGCCAUCAUCUUCAUUGACGAACUGGAUGCUAUUGGUGCGAAGCGAAACGAGCGUGAUGCCGCCUAUGUGAAGCAGACGCUGAACCAGCUUCUGACCGAGCUCGACGGUUUCUCUCAAACUAGCGGUGUCAUCAUCAUCGGUGCCACCAACUACCCGCAGCUGCUGGAUAAGGCGCUGACUCGACCUGGUCGUUUCGACCGCAAGGUUGUUGUUGGUCUGCCUGACGUCCGUGGUCGUAUGGAUAUCCUGAAGCAUCACAUGACAAACGUCCAGAUCAGCACUGAUGUGGACGUUGGCGUUAUUGCCCGUGGUACCCCUGGCUUCUCCGGUGCCGACCUGGAGAACCUGGUCAACCAGGCCGCCAUCCACGCUAGCCGUGACCGUAAACUCAAGGUUGGCCCUCUGGACUUUGACUGGGCCAAGGACAAGAUUAUGAUGGGCGCUGAGGCGCGCAGCCGUAUCAUCCAGGACAAGGACAAGCUUCUGACUGCUUACCACGAGGCUGGCCAUGCGCUGGUUGCCUACUAUUCGAGGUCUGCCACUCCGCUCUACAAAAUUACCAUUGUUCCUCGCGGCAUGGCUUUGGGUAUUACCCACUUCCUGCCGGAGAUGGACACCGUCUCGCGGAACUACACUGAGUACCUGUCCGAUAUUGACGUCUCCAUGGGUGGCAAGGCCGCCGAGGAGAUGAUCUUUGGAGAGGACAACGUUACCAGUGGUAUUUCAGCGGACAUUCAACAAGCAACCGAGACAGCCUUCACGUUGAUCACCCGUUUCGGAUACUCCAAGAAGCUGGGCAACGUCGACCUGUCGACCAACUACGACAGCCUCUCCUCCGAAACAAAGCAGGAGAUUGAGAGCGAAGUGCGCCGCCUCGUCGAGGAGGCCCGCCUCCGCGCCUCCAAGAUCCUGACCGAGAAGCGCGAGGAGCUGGAGAUCCUGACCAAGGCGCUGAUCGAGUACGAGACGCUGACGAAGGAUGAGAUGGAGAAGGUGCUCAAGGGAGAAAAGAUCGAUAAGAUGUCCUCUUCUGCUAGCGCACCGCUGAAGCUGCCCGACGCUCUGCAAGUCGCCAACUUGAACCCGUCUGCUGCAGCUGAGAGCCCGCCCACAGCAGCAGAGUGA